AUGGAUCCACGAGAUUUUCUCUAUAUAAAAUACACAAAAUUUAUUAAUGAAGAUACUAUAAUUGAAGUCAGUAAGUCAUUUGAAAAUCAAGACUUUUAGCUUUAUGUUCAAACUACUAAAUCAGCAACUAGGGCUAUUUUGCUAUUGAGUGGUAAUUUGAUUACAUAAGUGGAACCAAACAAGAUAGAAAUAUUAACGUUUUCUGAAUGUAAUAUGAAAUUGAAAUUAAAACCAGCCAUGACUAAAAAAGCUAGUAAAAAUGAAAUUAAGAAAUUGAUUUAAAGAUACCAGGAUCAUUUCAAUUAUGUUUAAUGA